AUGGGGAAAGUUCGAUAUCUUAACCAUGAGUCGCACCAAAAGGGAGUGCGAUGGAUAAUUGGUCAAGGAUGUGCUGGCCAGUGGCUGAUGGCGUCCUCCCGCAUGGAGACCUUCUCGGAUUUCGUUCCCCCUCUUGACACCAAGGUCGCCCCAAGUUGCAGCUGUUCUCCUCCGCUGCUCACAUCCGUUGACGGAGCUGAUGGCUGUGAAGUUCAGGUUCUGAAUGAGGAGGGGUUGUGGGCUGAUGGCCAAGUGAGACAAAAGUUUCUCCAUGUUUGUGUGCCCCAGGUUUUAGAAGACGGUAUAGCCAAUACUAAUGCUGCUGAGGCAAACACCUCUUCAGCAUCCCAUGCCUGGAGUGAUGGUGUGGCACUACAGUGGACGAUCUUGUGCAAGAUGUUUGCUGAGCACCACCAUGGAGUCCUCGAGUGCCAAGAGCACCUAGGUGCUAGCACUGCCUCAUGGCUCCUCGUAGUUCGCAUGUUUGAGAUGCACGAUUGGACAUGUUAA